AUGGCUAUCACCUUCGACGACUCAGAUUCAGUAGAUACACAGCGAGAGCACCACGACGGACUGGAAAUGGGACUCGAGGAAAAGAACAUCAUUAAGAGAUCAACAGUCUUGGUAGGGUUCAGCGGAGAAUCAUUGCGAACUGUUGGAGAAAUAUCAUUGUCCACCUAUGCAGAAGGAGUCAAUGUCAUGACGAAUUUCAACGUCGUCGAUUUGGGACGACCAUGGAUCCACAAAAUGAAAGUAGUACCCUCGACGUACCACCAGUCAAUCAAAUUCCCAACCAAAUGGGGGGUCAUGGAGAUCAAAGGGCAGCAAAGAGAUGCAAAGAAAUACUACGAAACCGCACUGAAACCAUCAAAAUCCUCCAUCUAG